GCAGCAACAAUGACAGACCCAACGACCCAGGAGUCCUACCCUGUCCCAGACCCGACUAUUGUGGAUCCCUGCCCGGCCUCUGUGCGGAACGGCCAGUGCGCCCCGGAUGGCUUCACCAACCAUCACCAGCAAGCCAAAACCCCCAGCCAGUCUGAGACGUUCACCACGGGCCAGGAGAUGAAAAUCACAGACAGUGUAGAGGGAGAAGGUCUCCUUGAGAGCAGCAUGCGCCUGAAGCCUCACGAGGCUCAGAACUACAGGAAGAAGGCACUCUGGGUCUCCUGGGUCUCCAUCGUGGUCACUCUCAUACUGGCUGUGGCAGCUUUCACUGUAUCGUUCAUGAGACACAGUGCGUCAGCCUUCGGAUUUGCUUUUGAUGCCACGCUGGACGUCAUGUCAUCAGUCAUUGUCCUUUGGCGCUACAGCAAUGCAGCCGCUGUGCACUCUGCUCACAGAGAGUAUAUAGCAUGUGUAAUCCUUGGGGUUCUGUUCGUUCUCUCCUCCCUGUGCAUUCUUGGAAAGGCCAUUCAUAAUCUGGCUACCAGGAUGCCCCCACAAGUGGAUGACUUCCUCUACAGUGUGUCCAUAGUGAGCGGGUUCACAUGUGCUUUGUUGGCUAUAGCCAAGUUCAUGCUGGGAAGAGUGCUGACAAGCCGGGCACUUAUCACUGAUGGGUUUAACUCUCUGGUUGGUGCCAUCAUGGGAUUUUCCAUUCUGAUCAGCGCUGAAGUCUUCAAGCACCACGCUAGUGUCUGGUUUCUGGAUGGCACCAUUGGAGUUCUCAUUGGACUCAUCAUUUUGGCAUAUGGGGUCAAACUUUUGAAGGACAUGGUGCCCCGUGUGAGGCAGACGAGGAACUACGAACGUUUUGAGUGAGAGACCCGAGUGUGUUGACCAGACGAGCAGGUUCACACACACACAGACACACACACACACAUACACCUGGCUGCCUCCUGCCCUCCGCCCUCUUCUCUCUGUCAUUUCACUCGCAUAUACAUUCAUGUCGUCACACAGGAAUAUAUACACAUACGCUGUAUAUACUGUACAUAGCACAUUCGUACAUUCAGACAUAAACAAACACACAUGCAUGCACACACACACAUACAUACAUGUCUGAGAGACUCUGAGGGAAAAAGACAUAAUUGAAGACCUCCCUGUGGCACUUCAGCUAUUUCUUUUCUUUUUCCAGUCUCCUUUAUCUCCAUUUUUUGUUCAUAAAAAACGCCAAUUGAGUAUUACACAGCGAAUAAGGAAAAAGAGAGAUGCAACGUGGAUGAGAUGCUCAAGAACUGAGGCCGCUGUCUUCUAACAAGAGUCAUGGAUUUGUUCAACCCGGACAUCGAUGUCUGCUUUCUCACCAUCACAAUUUGUCCUCUCCAGGAAACUACUGUAUGUUGAUCAGCAAGGUUCAUACACUCAUGUAGGGGAGUGAAUAUACUGGGGAUCAAAAUGAAAAUUCACCAAAAUUAUGUAGAUUUUACUGAAAUGAAAGAUACAUUAUUUUUUCCAAGGUUAUUCACUUGGGGAAAUAUAUACGAGAAGUUUUUUUGUUUUUUUUCCUAGUGUCUCUCUAUCCUGUCUUAAUUAAGAAUAUGCAUUUUUAUUUUUAACUUCUCCUCAAAUGUUAUCUAUUAUUAAGAGCAGAUGUCCCUGCCCUGAAAGGGAGAAAGAGACUCAGACAGAGAGCAUAUAAGCAGCGCUGAGUCAGCAAACACUGCUUUCUCUGUGCGUACAGGAAGGUGAAAAACAUCAGUGAGCAGUCAGGUCAGCCUUAAUAUAGAAACUCUACAACUAAAAGUAAACACAAGUAAAGAGGACAAGAGACACUAAGGACAAAUAUUUGCCAUUUAAUGGCGAUAAAGUGAACUGCACAAACCUAAAAAUAGUCUGGUUUCUAUUGCAUUUCAUAGCUUACUGUAUGUGAUGUGUUCAAGCACAGACUAGCAAACUUUCCCUCUAUCAUUGGUGUUAGCCGACAGUUGACAGUUUAGUGCAGUUUUGAUGUUAACACAAUGAUGGGUAAUUACAAUCUAUCAAAUAAAUUAUUCCAGGGUAUUUAUCCUGUUUUGUCUUAACUGCUGUAUCUGACUUUAUGUUUCAUUGCCAUAUCUUGUUCAUGUUUCUGACUUGUUUACAAACACACACACCUUAGUCAGUUUUUUAACCUUUUUAUUUUUAUUUUUUUUACUUGAAACAUAAUAAAGUUGACAUGGUGUGCUAGGCAAUAACUAACAAGUGAAGAAUAGUAAUCCAAUCCAAGGUUUAUAAAGGUGACAUGGUUGAAAAACACAUCAAUGUUUAUGUGGUGUUUUUUCUGUAACACCUUUUCAGGCUUAGAUAAUUAAUCGAUGUAAAAGCACUAAACACCAGAAAUGUUGCUAUAUUCCUGUUAUUUAUCAUUUGCUGAACAGAAUGUUGAACUGUUGUGGUAUUUAUUAUUUUCAUUUGAGUGUUUCCUUCUUUUUUUUCUCUCUUGUUUUGACUGCAAAGUUCAUUUGGAAAGUUGGAAAAGAUUAAGUCUCAAACCGUAGAUGAAACUAAGCACAAUGACAAAGAUAAAGCAGCCUGGGAGAAUAUCAUUUACAUUGCAUAUCAUUACAAAUUUUGCAGAGACAGUGUUUUCUUCUGUGUCUGCUUACCAGCUUAUUUUUUUUCUGCAUGUUCAUCAUCAUUAUUGUCAUUCAUUAUGAUGUGCAAUGAGCAGAAUGUAAAUACAAACCAUACCAUCUGCUAAUAUGUUACACUGUUUGGCUGCAUCGGUAACAAAAGUCACAAAUAGUCAUAGUACUUUAUGGCCAACAUUAGUAGGCUUUUUUGGAGUAGACAGCUUAAAGUACCGGAUGAUCAGUGUUGCAUAGUAAAAAUGUUUACUCUAUAGUGCUUAUAUACUGUAAAUGUUGUUUUACAUAUUACUGUAGAUUAUUGGUGAAAUGAGAUGACAAGUCUUACUGUAAGUUUUUGCACUGUAAGUGAAAAUUCUCUGAUUGGAUGUAGGUGUGAUCUAAUAGAGCUGUCCAAGGCUCAGCUAUGUUUUACAAUUUCACUUUUAUCACUCAUCAGCAGAUGUCAAAUAAAGAGCUGAUUACCAAGCCAGUCAUAAUUUAUAUAAUUGAAACUGGAGUUAAACGCGAGCACAGCAGUUGUUGUUCCCUCAACAGUUUACCUGAUGGCACAAAUCAGUAUUAUUUACUGACCUUUAGAAACUGCAGGUGUCAUAAACUCAAACAUGAGACCAUCCAGAAUAUUUUAGAAAAACAUAGAACAUUAAAAAAAUAAAAUAAAGAGUAAAUACUGAAUAUUGCGAUACUCUAUAUAUCAUUUAGAUUUAAUGAGAUUUGGAGGAAUAACUUGAUUGAUAUUUCUGUCUAACAGAAGCACCUCAAAAUAAUAAAUUACAUUUAUGAAACUAAAUUCCACGGAUUGAUUUUUAUACAAAUUCAUUCUCAUAAAUUAAAUAAGAAAUAAAUGGAUGUAAAUAAUUUAUAGGUGCUGUGUUCACAAACAGCUAUUAGAUGAGCUCACUACCUAUGAUAAAAAAUGAUCAGUAUCUUAAGUGAAGUAAACUGAUGAUUGUACAGAAGUGUUUGUGGCCUGGUCUCUUCAGCUAUCCAGAGUGCUUGUGAGCCACCUUCUGGUUGGAAACCACAUAACAGGAGUUUUAAUCAGUAUUCAGUGCACUGGAUCCUCGGGAGAGAGUCUAAAUUUAUCCCAGGCUUGAAAACCGCUACAAAGCCUUGGACAGUUAUUCUAAAGGGGGCCCACAUCCACUCUACACUGUAAUUAUCAACUCCUGAGUAACACAUACUGGAAAAGGUGCAAAGUUAUUAUAUUAUCUUUAGUUCUAUCGUGUGAAGAAUAAGUAGUAGCUAUAAAUUGAAGGUGUGAAUGAACUCACACCUCUUCAACUCACCAACAGCACACAGAUUUGUAAUGUUUCCCUCUCUGACGCAUAGAAGACAAUCUUUACAAUGACUUUUACAAGCAAAGCACAGAGUUUCCGUGCUCAAACCAAUACAUAAGGCACAGAACACACUUGAAGAAUCAUCAAUCAGUCUCUGUAACUGUAACUGUAUGCUUUACUAGCUCUAUUGCUUUUAUGGUUAACUAUUGUGUUUGGAUAAGCCGGAGACAAUUUUGAUCUUGGUAACAAAGUCCUUUCUACCUCUCUUCUUUGCACUUUGUUUUGUUUUCGCGCCAUUUCUCUUGUACACAUUCAUGCUAGAGAAAUUGUGGCCCUGGCCAUCUUUACACUCCCUAAUAAUGGGUGAUCUAUAGGAGCUGUUACACAAACUGUAAAUCACCCGCUAAGUGCAACAGCUGAUUACCAAAAGAAUAUGUAAAAUGUAACUAUAUACCCAUGAUCACCAGAGUUGUGGUUGCAUUUCAUUCAUCGAAAAUGUGAUUCCUCAGCUGUCCCAUGAAAUGUUCCAAUCCUCACACUCCAUUUCAUUAUAAUAGAGGUUUGUGAAACAAAGACCUCUGAACUUGUAUUUCUUGUUCAUACAAAUCUCUUAUCAUUUGAGAAAUAUGAAGUGGUAUAAAAUCUCAAUCCAUUUCAUUGUCAUUAAAAUAGAGACCUAUCCCAAUCAGUUCAGCAGCUUGAUGAACUGUGUCAAAUUAUUGAAGCCAUUAAUCCACUUUUCUUACACAUAUAUAUAUCGUUUAAUUGUACUUACUGGUGAAUGGAUUUAUCAUCAUCAGCCCUAAAAUGGCACCAAAUCAUUCAUUUUACUUAAUUUCACUAAAUUGUGACAGCAAUACUAACCACUUCUCUAUUGCUUUAGGCUUUGCAUGGGCUUGUAAAAACCCUUCAGUGGUUACAGAUGCAUUGAAACUACACACACACACACACACACACACACACACACACACACACACACACACACACACACACAAACACGGAAAGAUGUAAUUGAAUUUCCAACAAAUCUGACUAUGUAACAGCAUUAUUAAUUGUCUGUUUGUACAGUAAUAACAUCAGUGGUAUUACAGAUGAUGUAAACACCAUUUAUUUAUGUAAAAGAACAAUGAAGUAUCUCUUUGUCAAAGAGCAAAGUUUUAUUGAUU